AUGGUGGCGACUGAGUAUGAGCGAUGUGUCCGCUUUGAAGUUAGCCUCGGGGAUAAUUUGAGAGUCCUGAUAGCUCAGCAGAGGGAGCGUGGUUUUUCUUUACUGGUUGAGAAGGCGAAAAUCACUGAGGAGGUUAAGCACGCUGAGCGCCAAAACCAUGACAAAGAGAAGGAUAAGAAGAAGAGGGAUUCAGAGUCCUCGAGUACUAUGCAGAGGCCUAAGAAAAAGGCCAGAUCUGAUGGGCUACUUAGAGCUGGGCCCCCUAUUACUGCUACUAGACUACAACCAUGUGUUAACUGUGGGUUAUCGGUUGAGAGUACUAGCAGCGAGGUUACUGUACUAAGUCCGUUGGGGCAGUUUAUAAGGGUUAGUAAGUUAUUCAGAAAUGUACCAUUAGAGGUUCAAAGGGCAAUCUUUUUUGCCGACUUAAUGGAGCUUCCAUUUAGGGAGUUCGAUUUGGUUCUGGGGAUGGACUGUUUGGUCAAGCAUUGUGUGACCUUAGAUUAUGCGACCAAGAGGGUCGUUUUGAGAACUGAGGAUGAUGAUGAGGUAAUCAUAGUUAGAGAACAUUGGAACUACUUGGCUAACGUGAUCUUUGUACUGGUAGCUGAGAAACUAGUUCGUAAGGGAUGUGAGGCGUACUUGGCUUACCUACCGGCUUUACCUCUGAAUCGGGAAGUGGAGUUUGGGAUUGAGCUUUUCCCUAGUACAGCUCCAGUGUCUAUCGCUCCCUAUCAAAUGGCACUGAAAGAGCAUAUGGAGCUUAAGGCUUAG